AAGUGCAAGGAUUAAGAUGCAAAGUAGCAGGCUGAAGACAAAACGUCCCUUAAAGAGGGUUUCGGCUCCUGACAGUGUAACCAGGAAGCUGGAGGCUUUCUCGGUAUUAUGUAUGCAGAGUCAUACAACCAGUGCACGCUUUGAAACUUUCACUGCACAUCUGUGCAUCACUGCAUGGACUAGGCACCAAGCCAGAGGCUGAAUUCCUACGAGUCCGUGCAGCUCCCACACGUUUACAGCACUAGGACCCAGAGGGAGCUUAAUUUCUGUGAGUCAGUGCAGCUAGCUGAGCCCUGAGAGCAGUGAAUGAGGCUGGAAAGGCAGAGGGAAUGUGAAUGGCUCUUCUGGCUUGGGAAAGUGUCGACGGUCUGGGGUGCUACAGACUACAAAACAGCUUGGACAGCCCUCCGGAUUGCCUGUACCCCCCGCACCCAGUGAUACUGCUUUGAGGUGAGUGACCCUGCAGGAGUCAGCUUUCACACAGCGAGCAAUGCGGCUGUCGUACCAGUUGUGGAAGUUUACUAUCCUUGAAAUUAUUGCUGUACAGUGAUUUUCACUCUCUUGAGAGGAACAGAUCAGAUGUCUUUGAAACACAGAGCGCUCGCUGCUUGAAAAUAGCCUUUGCAAGGAAAGCGUGGUCUAGCGAAACUGAAAAGCUCAUCUACUAAGGCAGGUUAACCGCACGCACAUCUGGAAGGUGUUCGUGAACCAUUUGUGCUUUUAAGCUCAAAGCCUGAAAACCAUCUUUAGGAAGAAGAGCUUAAUCUUAGAGAAACUGGAACAGAGAAUAAGCAACUCCCAGACUCAGCUACGCAGCCAGACUGGCCUGAUGGCACACUGCAGCCGACCCCAGCUCAGCAUCUGGAUGAAAUAAAGACCUUGUUUUUUAUGCAGUACGCUCAGAGGUGCAUAGCGUAAUGUCCAUGCUCUGCUACACUCUGAUCAUAGCUUUUUUGAUCGGCACACAGGCAGCUCCAAAGUCAGAGGACAAUGUUCCACUGGAGUACCCUGCAGAACGCUCCCUGCGCAAUAGCUCCCCAAGUAACAGCCACCACAUUCCCGAGGCAGCUCCGCAGUCAUCCCACAGCCACUCCACUUGGACGAUAGGUAGAAGAGAAGCUGUAAAUAUCACCAUGGACCCAAAGUACUUCAAGAAGCGGCGUUUCCGCUCCCCUCGGGUGCUGCUCAGCACUCAGCCCCCACCGCUGGCAGGGCAAGGACAGAGCCUGGCACUGCUCAGCAGCGCAGGUCCUCUCAACAGGACUGCCAGGACCAAGAGGACUGCGCACCCCGUGCUGCACCGGGGAGAGUUCUCGGUGUGCGACAGCGUCAGCAUGUGGGUUGGGGACAAAACCACGGCCACCGACAUUAAAGGCAAAGAGGUGACAGUGUUGGGAGAGGUCAACAUUAACAACAACGUUUUCAAGCAGUACUUUUUCGAGACCAAGUGCAGGGACCCUAAGCCAGUGUCCAGUGGGUGCCGAGGGAUCGACGCGAAGCACUGGAACUCCUACUGCACCACCACUCACACCUUUGUCAAAGCACUGACGAUGGAGGGCAAGCAAGCAGCCUGGAGGUUCAUUCGAAUUGACACAGCCUGUGUCUGUGUGCUCAGCAGGAAGACAGGGAGACCCUGAGACGGAUCUACAGCCCGUGACAACAUCCUCCUACCCCCCUACCUCAGUCUGUAAAUUAUUUUAAGUUAUAAGGGACUGCAUGGUAUAUUUAUAGUUUAUACAAUACAGGAGAAAAAAAAAAAAGAAGAAGAAAAACACAACAAAAAAAAUCAAACCUCAUUAUUUAUUAAACUCUUUUGGAAACCUUU